AUGAAACUCCCUUCUCUUCCCAUAGCCAUUCUAGCAAUUUUGCUAUUUGUUGUUCAUUCAUCUUCAGAUUCGUUGUCCCUUGAAAAUUUUCUUCAAUGUUUUGCAAACCAUAUUUCCCAAUCCUCUACCCCACUCUCUACAGUGAUUUUUACACCCAGCAAUUCUUCAUUCGCAUCUCUCUUGCUUAAUCGUACAUCUAACCGUAGAUACACAACACCCACGACACCGAAACCUCUUGCCAUCGUAGCUGCUCAAAAUCCAUCGCAUGUUCAGGUCACAGUAAUCUGUGCCAAGUCUCACGACCUGCAGAUUCGGAUUCGAAGUGGAGGCCACGACUAUGAAGGCCUUUCUUAUGUAUCACAAGUUCCCUUCAUUGUACUUGACAUGUUCAAUCUUCAUUCUGUUCAGGUUGACAAAAGAAAAGAGACUGCACUGGUUCAAGCAGGUGCAACAAUGGGUGAACUUUACUACAACAUCGCCAAAGAAAGUAACGUUCAUGCCUUCCCAGCCGGUGUUUGUGUAACUUUAGGAGCUGGUGGACACAUUUCUGGUGGAGGGUAUGGAAACUUGAUGAGAAAAUAUGGUCUUUCCAUUGAUAAUAUCAUUGACGCUGAACUUGUUGACGUCAAUGGAAGAAUCCUGAACAGGAAGACCAUGGGAGAAGAUCUAUUUUGGGCUAUCAGAGGAGGUGGGGCCGCUAGUUUUGGGGUGGUUCUUUCAUGGAAGAUCAAGUUGGUUUCUGUGCCUUCACAAGUCACUGUGUUCAGAGUGAAGAAGACUCUGGAAGAAGGAGUGACUGAUCUUGUUUACAAAUGGCAGCUGGUUGCGAGUGAUUUAGAUAACGACCUGUUCAUAAGGGUGAUGCCUUUAGUCAUCAAUGGAACUCAAGAGGGUAAGAAGACAAUACGAGUUUCUUUCAUCGGUCAAUUCUUAGGGAACAUUGAUAGGUUAAUCUCUUUGAUGAACAAGAGCUUCCCAGAAUUAGGUCUAAAAGAGAGUGAUUGCAUUGGAAUGCCUUGGGUGAAUUCAACUCUUUUCUGGGCUGAUUACCCGAUUGGAACCUCAAUUGAUGAGUUGCUAGUAAAUCACAAACAACCAACACAGUUCUUCAAAAGCAAGUCAGAUUAUGUGAAACAGCCUAUUCCAAAGACUGCAAUAGAAUCCAUAUGGAAGUGGAUGAUCGACGGUGAGAACAUGUGGAUGCAAUGGAAUCCUUAUGGAGGAAAGAUGCGUGAGAUUUCAUCAUCAGAAACUCCAUUUCCUCACAGAGCUGGAAUCUUGUUUCUGAUUCAAUACUAUACGCAUUGGGAGAAACAAGGAUAUGAGGAAACUAAUCAUUAUAUGAACUUUUCAAGGUCGUUUCAUGAAUUCAUGGCCCCGUACGUUUCGAAAUAUCCGAGGGAGGCCUUCCUUAACUAUAGAGAUUUUGAUAUUGGGGUCAAUCCUGGUAAUGGCACAAGCAUAGACAUUGCUGAUAGCAGUUAUGGAAGAAAAUAUUUUAAGGACAACUUGGAAAGAUUAGUUCAUGUGAAGACCGUAGUUGAUCCAGACAAUUUCUUUAAACAUGAACAAAGCAUACCAACUAAUCUCUUGUAG